CGUAGUCGCGAGCUCGUGCGUCGUGCGCGAGCUCAAUAAGCACCGCACUAGGUGCGCGCGCGUGCCCUGACAGUCGCCAUUUUAUUUUGAAAAAUCCAAAUCGAACCGAGGGAGAAAGCGACCUUUUAUCAAUCAAGAUCAGAACGAAGAAAUACGACGAAAAUGAUCAUCCGUUCGUAAUUUUUCCAGGAUCGAGAUGUUACACUAAGAAUUGCACUGAAGGACAUUACUUGGAAUCAGCAUCCACCCAGAGACUCUGCUUGUUGGACACCAGACACUUUUCACACCUUUUGGGGGGGGGGGACCGACAGAAGUAACCUAUCACUGAAGUGACUAAAGGGGAAUAAUGGUGAUUUUGCGCCGGGCUCGGCCGCCUGCUUCCGCCCCAACCAGCAAUGAAUCUUGACUCGCUCUCGCUGGCUUUGUCUCAAAUCAGCUACCUGGUGGACAAUUUAACUAAGAAAAACUACAGAGCCAGCCAGCAGGAAAUACAACAUAUUGUGAAUCGUCACGGCCCUGAGGCAGACCGGCAUUUAUUACGCUGUCUCUUUUCCCAUGUGGAUUUCAGUGGCGAUGGUAAAAGCAGUGGCAAAGAUUUCCACCAGACACAAUUUCUGAUCCAGGAGUGUGUGUCUCUUAUUACGAAACCAAAUUUUAUUUCAACGCUUUGCUACGCCAUUGACAAUCCCCUGCACUAUCAAAAGAGUUUGAAACCAUCACCUCAUUUAUUUACUCAGCUGAGUAAAGUUCUCAAGCUAAGCAAGGUUCAAGAGGUGAUUUUUGGCCUUGCUCUGCUGAACUCCAGCAACGCAGACCUUCGAGGGUUUGCUGCUCAAUUUGUGAAGCAGAAGCUCCCUGACCUUCUCCGCUCGUACGUGGACGCGGACCUCGGAGGGAAUCAGGAAGGUGGCUUCCAAGACAUUGCCAUAGAGGUUCUGCAUCUGCUCCUCUCCCAUCUUCUGUUCGGUCAGAAGGGCUCGAGCGGAGUCGGACAAGAGCAGAUUGACGCGUUCCUCAAAACACUGUGCAGAGAUUUCCCGCAGGAGCGCUGUCCUGUGGUGCUCGCACCACUGCUGUACCCUGACAAACGGGACAUUCUCAUGGACAGGAUCCUGCCAGACUCUGCAGAUUUAAAUAAGACCAUGAUGGAGAGUUCCCUUGCUGACUUCAUGCAAGAAGUUGGCUAUGGCUUUUGUGCGAGUGUCGAAGAGUGCAGGAACAUAAUCCUGCAGUAUGGGGUGCGAGAGGUGACGGCCAGUCAGGUGGCCAGAGUGCUGGGGAUGAUGGCCCGCACUCACUCCGGGCUGUCCGACGGCAUUGGCCUACAGUCCAUUUCCAAUCCAGUGGGUGGAGGGAUCUGGAGUGAUGGGAAGGACAAGAGUGAUGGCUCUCAGGCCCACACCUGGAAUGUUGAAGUUCUGAUUGAUGUGGUCAAAGAAGUGAACCCCAAUCUGAAUUUUAAAGAGGUGACCUAUGAGCUUGAUCACCCAGGCUUUCUGAUCCGGGACAGUAAGGGUCUUCAGAUAGUGGUCUAUGGGGUCCAGAGGGGUCUGGGAAUGGAGGUGUUCCCAGUGGAUCUCAUCUACAGACCAUGGAAGCAUGCAGAAGGACAGUUAUCGUUCAUUCAGCACUCCCUGAUGAGUCCUGAAGUGUUCUGCUUUGCUGACUACCCCUGUCAUACGGUUGCCAUUGACAUCCUGAAGGCCCCACCCGAGGAUGACAACAGAGAGAUAGCCACAUGGAAGAGCUUGGACCUAGUGGAGAGCCUCUUGCGCCUCUCUGAAGUUGGGCAUUAUGAACAGGUGAAGCAGCUCUUUAGCUUCCCCAUCAAGCACUGCCCAGACAUGCUGGUGCUGGCGCUGCUGCAGAUCAGCACCUCCUGGCACACCCUGCGUCAUGAGCUCAUCUCCACCCUCAUGCCCAUCUUCCUGGGCAACCACCCCAACUCUGCCAUCAUCUUGCACUAUGCCUGGCAUGGACAGGGCCAGUCCCCCUCCAUCCGCCAGCUGAUCAUGCACUCUAUGGCCGAGUGGUACAUGAGAGGAGAGCAAUACGACCAGGCCAAGCUAUCUCGCAUCCUGGAUGUGGCUCAAGACUUGAAGUCUCUAUCGAUGCUGCUGAAUGGUACUCCAUUUGCCUUUGUUAUUGACCUUGCUGCACUUGCCUCUCGCCGUGAAUACCUCAAACUUGACAAAUGGCUCACUGACAAAAUACGAGAGCACGGGGAGCCGUUCAUCCAGGCGUGCGUCACGUUCCUGAAGAGACGAUGUCCCUCCAUCAUGGGUGGUUUGGCCCCAGAGAAAGACCAGCCGAAGAGUGCUCAACUUCCUCCUGAAACACUGGCUACAAUGCUUGCAUGUCUGCAGUCUUGUGCUGGGAGUGUGUCUCAAGAGCUGUCAGAGACAAUCUUGACCAUGGUGGCCAACUGUAGCAAUGUGAUGAACAAGGCCCGACAGCCGCCACCAGGAGUCCUGCCAAAGGGACGAGCUCCCAGCACCAGCAGCUUAGAUGCUAUCUCACCUGUUCAAAUGGACCCUCUCUCUGCGAUGGGCUCUUUGAGUCUAGGUGUCUCAUCCACCUCUCAUACCCCGAGCAUGCAAGGAUUCCCCAGCCUGCAGGGCUCUGCCUUUAGUAAUCCCCAGUCCCCAGCCAAAGCCUUCUCAAAUCUACCAAACCCAAACCCCAGCACAGCUUUCCCAGGAAUCAACCCCCUCUCUUCGCAGCUCCAAGGUCCUCUGAGCACGAGCUUGACUGGGCUUGGCUCAGGUUUGGGAAUGCCCGCCGUCAGCAGCGAUCCCUUCGGCACCAGGAAGAUGAGCACACCGGGGCUAAACCCGCCCACAUUUCAGCAGACUGACCUUUCUCAGGUGUGGCCCGAGGCAAACCAGCACUUUAGUAAGGAGAUUGACGAUGAAGCAAACAGCUAUUUCCAGCGCAUCUACAACCAUCCGCCACACCCCACAAUGUCUGUGGAUGAGGUGCUGGAAAUGCUGCAAAGAUUUAAGGACUCGAACAUCAAGCGGGAACGGGAAGUUUUUAACUGCAUGCUGAGGAAUCUGUUUGAGGAGUACCGAUUCUUCCCUCAGUAUCCAGACAAAGAGCUGCACAUCACUGCAUGCCUCUUUGGGGGAAUCAUUGAGAAGGGCCUAGUGACGUACAUGGCGCUGGGCUUGGCCUUACGAUAUGUGCUGGAAGCUUUACGUAAACCUUAUGGAUCAAAGAUGUAUUACUUUGGGAUCGCUGCACUAGAUAGAUUUAAAAAUAGACUGAAGGACUAUCCCCAGUACUGUCAGCACUUGGCGUCAAUAGCCCAUUUCCUGCAGUUCCCACACCAUUUACAAGAGUAUAUAGAGUAUGGCCAGCAGUCCAGAGACCCUCCUGUGAAGAUGCAAGGCUCAAUUACCACCCCAGGUAGCCUGGCUCUAGCCCAGGCUCAAGCUCAGUCUCAGACCCCUAAAGCCCCCCAACCUGGCCAAGCCAGCACCUUAGUGACCACAGCCACCACGACCACCACCGUUGCCAAAACCACCACCAUCACGAGACCUACAGCUGUUGGACCGAAGAAGGACGUGCCACCUUCAAUCAACACCACAAACAUUGACACCUUGUUGGUGGCCACAGACCAGACUGAAAGGAUCGUUGAACCCCCAGAGAAUGUUCAGGAGAAGAUUGCAUUCAUCUUCAACAACUUGUCCCAAUCAAACAUGUCCCAAAAGGUGGAGGAGCUGAAAGAGACUGUGAAAGAAGAAUUCAUGCCCUGGGUCUCUCAGUACCUGGUCAUGAAGCGUGUCAGCAUUGAGCCCAACUUCCACAGCCUGUAUUCUAACUUCCUGGACACACUGAAAAAUCCAGAGUUUGUUAAAAUGGUUCUCAAUGAGACUUACAGAAACAUCAAGGUCCUUCUUACCUCUGAUAAGGCAGCUGCUAACUUCUCAGAUCGAUCCCUGCUGAAGAAUCUGGGUCACUGGCUUGGAAUGAUCACCCUAGCUAAAAACAAACCCAUCCUUUACACAGAUCUGGAGCUAAAGUCUCUCUUGCUGGAGGCUUAUGUGAAAGGCCAGCAGGAGUUACUGUAUGUUGUCCCCUUUGUGGCCAAAGUCUUGGAAUCAAGUCUGCGGAGUGUGAUCUUCAGACCGCAGAACCCUUGGACCAUGGGCAUCAUGAAUGUAUUGGCUGAGCUCCAUCAAGAGCAUGACUUAAAGCUUAACCUCAAGUUUGAGAUCGAGGUGCUCUGCAAGAAUCUGUCUCUGGACAUCAGUGAGCUGAAGCCAGGAAACCUGCUGAGAGACAAAGAGAAGCUGAAGAAUUUAGAGGAGCAGCUCUCUGCACCAAAGAAAGAGACCAAGCCUCCUGAAGAGAUGCUGCCUAUAGUUACUACAGACUCUGUUUCAUUUACAGCUGCUCCCUCGACUCCGGCCACCACCACAACCUGUACUGCCACGGGGCCACCCACACCACAGUUCAGCUACCAUGACAUCAAUGUGUAUGCCCUGGCUGGCCUUGCCCCGCACAUCAACAUCAAUGUUAACAUCCCACUGCUGCAGGCCCACCCUCAGCUGAAGCAGUGCGUGAGACCAGCAAUCGAGCGUGCCGUACAGGAGCUUGUGCACCCAGUGGUGGACCGAUCAAUCAAGAUCGCCAUGACCACCUGCGAGCAGAUAGUCCGGAAAGACUUUGCGCUAGACUCUGAGGAGUCUCACAUGCGCGUAGCUGCCCACCACAUGAUGCGCAACCUGACAGCCGGCAUGGCCAUGAUCACCUGUAGAGAGCCGCUGCUCAUGAGCAUUGCCACCAACCUGAAGAACAGCUUUGCAGCAGCUCUUAGGGCUCCCACACCCCAGCAGAGAGAGAUGAUGGAAGAGGCGGCUGCUCGCAUCGCACAGGACAACUGUGAGCUUGCGUGUUGCUUUAUCCAAAAGACGGCAGUGGAGAAAGCUGGACCUGAGAUGGACAAGAGACUGGCAACUGAAUUUGAGCUGAGGAAGCACGCUCGCCAAGAAGGCCGCCGCUAUUGUGAUCCCAUGGUACUCACCUAUCAGGCAGAGCGUAUGCCAGAGCAAAUCAGACUGAAGGUCGGUGGAGUGGAUCCUAAACAGCUGGCUGUUUAUGAGGAGUUUGCCCGAAAUGUUCCUGGCUUCCUACCCAGUAACGACCUGUCUCAGCCCACUGGUUUCCUUGCCCAACCAAUGAAGCAACAGGCAUGGCCCACUGAUGAUGUGGCUCACAUCUAUGAUAAGUGCAUUUCGGACCUGGAGCAGCAUCUGCACGCUAUUCCACCUGCGCUGGCCAUGAAUCCACAGACCCAGGCUAUACGCAGCCUCCUGGAGGCAGUUGUCAUGGCUAGGAACUCCCGUGAUGGCAUUGCUGCCCUGGGCCUUUUGCAAAAGGCUGUGGAGGGUCUGCUAGAUGCCACCAGUGGCGCUGAUACUGAUCUGUUGCUAAGCUACAGGGAGUGCCACCUGUUGGUGCUGAAAGCUCUACAGGACGGUCGUGCCUACGGCCCACAGUGGUGCAACAAACAAAUCACCAGAUGCCUGAUUGAGUGCAGAGAUGAAUACAAGUACAACGUUGAGGCCGUAGAGCUCCUCAUCAGAAACCACCUGGUCAACAUGCAGCAGUAUGACAUGCACCUGGCUCAGUCCAUGGAGAAUGGUCUGAACUACAUGGCCGUGGCAUUCGCCAUGCAGCUAGUGAAGCUCCUGCUGGUUGACGAACGCAGCGUGAGCCACAUCACAGAGGCAGAUCUCUUCCACACCAUCGAGACGUUGAUGAGGACCAGUGCUCACUCCAGAGCUAACGCUCCUGAAGGUUUGCCCCAGCUGAUGGAUGUUGUCCGCUCCAACUACGAGGCCAUGAUCGAUCGUCACCAUGGUGGGCCAAACUUCAUGAUGCACUCUGGGAUUUCUCAAGCCUCUGAGUAUGAUGACCCGCCAGGUCUUAGAGAGAAGGCAGAGUACCUGCUGAGAGAAUGGGUCAACCUGUACCACUCAGCAGCUGCAGGAAGGGACAGCACUAAGGCCUUCUCUGCAUUUGUUGGACAGAUGCACCAGCAGGGCAUCCUGAAGACCGACGACCUCAUCACUCGCUUCUUCCGGCUGUGCACAGAGAUGUGCGUGGAGAUCAGUUACCGCGCUCAAGCCGAACAGCAGCACCCCACCACCAGCCCUGCCAUCAUCAGGGCAAAGUGCUACCAUAACCUGGAUGCUUUUGUUCGGCUCAUUGCCCUUCUGGUCAAACACUCCGGAGAAGCGACCAACACGGUCACCAAAAUCAACCUCCUCAACAAGGUUGGAAUGCUUACAGCGGUUCUGGGCAUUGUGGUGGGUGUGUUGAUCCAGGAUCACGAUGUGAGGCAGACUGAGUUCCAGCAGCUUCCAUACCACCGAAUCUUCAUCAUGCUUCUGCUGGAGCUUAAUGCACCAGAGCAUGUGCUGGAGACCAUCAACUUCCAGACGCUCACUGCCUUCUGCAACACCUUCCACAUCCUGAGGCCUACUAAAGCACCUGGUUUUGUGUAUGCUUGGCUGGAGCUCAUCUCUCACCGCAUCUUCAUUGCCAGGAUGCUUGCACACACCCCACAACAAAAGGGUUGGCCAAUGUAUGCCCAGCUGCUGAUUGACUUGUUCAAGUAUCUUGCACCCUUCCUAAGGAAUGUUGAACUCAACAAACCUAUGCAAAUUCUCUACAAGGGAACACUUCGUGUGCUGCUUGUCCUGCUACAUGACUUCCCAGAAUUCCUGUGCGACUACCAUUAUGGCUUUUGCGAUGUCAUCCCGCCCAACUGCAUCCAGCUGAGGAACCUGAUCCUGAGUGCCUUCCCCCGCAACAUGAGGCUUCCAGACCCCUUUACCCCUAAUCUGAAGGUGGAUAUGCUGAGUGAAAUCAACAUCGCUCCCCGCAUCCUCACUAACUUCACUGGUGUGAUGCCAUCCCAGUUUAAGAAGGAUCUUGACUCCUACCUCAAGACCCGCUCUCCUGUCACCUUCCUCUCUGAGCUGCGCAGCAACCUGCAGGUAGUUCACAGCAGAAUCGUGUCCAACGAGCCUGGAAACCGCUACAACAUCCAGCUGAUCAACGCUCUUGUGCUGUACGUUGGAACCCAGGCCAUUGCCCACAUCCACAACAAGGGCAGCACUCCCUCCAUGAGCACCAUCACGCACUCAGCACACAUGGACAUCUUCCAGAACCUCGCAGUCGAUCUAGACACUGAAGGCCGCUAUCUGUUCCUGAAUGCGAUAGCCAAUCAGCUGCGUUAUCCAAACAGCCACACACACUACUUUAGUUGUACCAUGCUGUAUCUGUUUGCCGAGGCCAACGCUGAAGCCAUUCAAGAACAGAUCACCAGGGUCCUGCUGGAGAGGCUGAUUGUGAACAGGCCGCACCCAUGGGGUCUGCUCAUCACCUUCAUAGAGCUGAUCAAGAACCCUGCCUUUAAGUUCUGGAGCCAUGAUUUUGUGCACUGCGCCCCAGAGAUUGAGAAGUUGUUCCAGUCGGUAGCUCAGUGCUGCAUGGGGCAGAAGCAGGCCCAGCAGGUGAUGGAGGGAACAGGUGCCAGUUAGGCUGCAGGAACUGCUCCUGUGCCCAGAGAGAGAGAGAGAGCUCUCCCUCUCCCCAACCCUUCAUUUGCCCCACCAACACCCUGCACAUCUGAUCGACACACAGCUGGCACUGGAUUAACGCUCUUUCCACCGGGCGCCAUCAGCAUCUGACCGGAGGGGAUUUUUUUUGGUUUACUUUUUUCUCCCUCGACAAUUUAAAAUGUUCAGUGUAAAUAUUAAAAAGGGACAUUUAAGAGCGGAUUUUGAGUAUUUGUCAAAGGUGAGGCGCACGCUUGAGCACAUUUCACUCCUUGCUGUUUGGCUUCCCCAAACUCUCCAUAAAUUAUUUUUUGCCUUCAAGACGGAUUGACUUUUGUUUGGAAGCUUGGUAGUGGCUAAGGAAGCUGUCUUGUUUAAUUUCUUUUUAUUUUUUGAGGUUUGGUUUUUAAGGGGAGAGCUAUCAGUGUGGUGAGCUGAUAGGAUCGGACAGAUGUCUUGGACUGCAGGGGGGGGGGUCACUAGUUUUGCACCUGUGAGGAAACAAAUCUUGGGUUGGAGCUUCUCCCUGGCACUUGUACAAUUGUGGAAAUAUUCAGAAAUUUGUUGGUAAAUUGGAUCUUCGGAGUUUGUACAAAGAUUCAACUUGCAGAACAAAAAAAAAAGGACCAAUACAGCUCAUUUUGUAAGGAUUUCGAAUGUUUUGUAAAUGUAUUGGUCCGCGUGUUGUAUUUUGUAGUACUUUGUAGUUGCCUUUAGUUCCGCUACUUAUUUCCUGUAUGUAUGCAUUCUGUAGUUACUGCAUUAAACACUUGAACUGCA